AUGGUGUUCUAUAUAGGCCACCCGCGCGCGCACCACGCCUCCGAGGUCAAGCAUAUCUCCAUGUACCACGACAUGCACUACGCCGGCCACCGGGACCUCUUCGAGAUCUGCGGCCACGUAUUCGAGUGGGAUGACCACUGCGUCCCGCCCGAACUCUGCGAGAAGUGGCGAUUCGAAGGCGACGCUGCGUGCGACGCUGCGGUGCGCCAGGUGUUCACGCACCCGGGAGAGACCGUGGGCAAAGAUCUACUACAGGUCAUGCGAGACUAUGCAGAGGUAAACUCUGGCGGUCCUCGGUCGUCGCCGGUGCAUGCAUUCCUGUAUGAGAUCUCGCAGGCUCCUCCAGUCGGCCUCGUUGCGUCCGAAGACGAAAUCGAGACCGCUCAAGAGCUGUUCUUGGACGACUCUGUGCAGAUCAUGCAAGCGUUGUUGCACUACAGUCUCGCAGGCGGCCUGGCCAGUCCCCGAAUUGUUAGAACACUGGAAGCUGUAUCUUACGUCCUCCCUCACGAAAAAAAGAGUUGCGCACGACCUCCGACGACGCUUGAAGAGUAUGCCGCACAGAUACCGAAGUCAUCCUCGGACCGAACGUUCAACAGGCUCGUGGAAACGAUGCAGUUCGUCCUUGACGUCAUGGCAUGCACGGCGAACCCAGAGCCUCCUGCACACAGGCUCGCCUAUCUCCUACCCGGCGGGCAAGGGUGGGCAUCGAUAGUCCGCGUGCGGAUCCUUCACUCCGUUGCACGCUGGCGUGUGCAGAUGCGCUGGGAGCGCGAAGGGCGCACAGUCGCUCUGCAAGACGCGAUCCCGAUCAGCCAGCAGGAGACGGCAGCGACCUUUUCCACCGUCCCGAUGUGGUGUCUCCGACGCCUCCACGUCCCGCCCACCCCCGCGCGCGAACGCGCCUACCUCGCGCUCUGGCGGCACGUUGGCUUCUACAUGGGCGUGUCCCCCUCCAUCCUCCUCCGUCACUUCGCGACUGUGCCCGCUGCGGAGAAGUUCGCCGUCACCUGCCCGACGCCCCGCGGGCCGACGCUCCCGAUCCUCGUCGCGGUCUCGAACCGGCCCCCGCUGCACACGACGCUCGCGUUCAACGUCGCGCUCACCGCGCACCUCCUGGGGGCAGCGCUCGCCGCGCGCCUCCGUCUGCCCCCUGCGACGCUCGCGACGCGCGUGCGGAUGCACGUUGCGCUGGCGGUGCAGCGCGUCCCGCACGUGUUCGCGACGAAGCGGCGCGCGGUGAUGCGCGAGGGGAUGGCGCGGAGCGUGCGGUACAACUUGGGCAUGCGCCGCACGGCGUUUCGGCCGCGGACUGAAGGCGAAGGAGAGCUCGCGCCGGGGGUGGAGGAGUUGGAGAGCGUGGAGAGGGAGCCGGAGCGGGGGCGGGUGCUCCUGAGGAUGUGGAAGGAGAUGCUGGCAGAGAUGAUUGCCGUGUGCGCGGUCGCGGGGCUGGCGGGACUGGGGGUGUUGUACUUCUGCUGGUGUGUUUGGCUGGGUUGUCGGUAG